AGCUGUUGUGGAGUUGCUUGUUUGUUGCUAUUUCGCGAUAAAUCCGAAGCUAAAGGACGUGCGUGCGAUAUCUAUAAAUACCACGGCUUAUCGUCGUUCAUUAACACUGCGAACGGCUAUCCAAUCUAAUCGCCACACCUCUGUAUGAUUCUCAACCGGGCGGCGCCUCCGUGACGUACUGUUAUUGCCCCUAGUGAUAAAUCUGCUUUAGUUAGGUACAACUAGAAUCGCACAGCGGCUGUACGUUUCUUGCUAUCUCCGCUCUGUUAGCACAAAAAAAGUUUGGUGAAAACAAAAAAAAAGUUAUAAUAACCUAACUUGUGGACUUGAAACUUUAAAGGAUGUCUGUUUUAAACAAUUUCACUGUGACUGUGGCAAAAGGAUUGAGACGUCUUCGCCAAAACAAGGAUCUGAUAUCCGCAGCGCGUCGCGGGAGCACCAACCAGGAGGCCAGCCCUCGUCUCCAGAUGGAGAAAUGCCUCAUCGUCUCCAAGGUCACGAGAUACGAGUAUGAGAAACAUUGCCACGAGAACACAACAGAAGCGGAAUUGGAGAAGAUCCUGCGGAAGCGAGGGUCCGACUUCGACACCAUGGUCAGCAACCAUAGAGAACAGAAGGCGUUUGAGGAGAACGUGGCUAAGAGGCUAAAGGAGAUGGGGGUGAAGGUGGAAAUGGCUAGCAGAUUGACAUACAGCGACGAUUUGAUCAAAUGGUGUGACGUGGUCGUGCCGUGUGGGGGUGAUGGGACGUUCCUUCUAGCAGCAUCUAGAGUUAGAGACAAUAACAAACCAGUGAUCGGAUUCAACAGCGCCCCUCAUAAGUCGGUAGGCAGACUGUGCCUUCCCACCUGGUGCUCAAACGAUGUUAAGGGUGCGCUACACGCUCUCAAGGAGGGACGGUUCAGAUGGAUGCGUCGUUCGCGGAUACGCACGACGAUCACAUGCGAACAGAAGUUACUCGAUAAGAUCACACCGGUGGAUCUGCACACUUUGCACUUCUGCAGGUAUCCCCCAGUGUCGCACCUGCACGACGGCCCGGAUUCCCCGGACCCGCGUUCCAGGACGGAGUUCGCGCCGGACGAACCAAGCACCACAUUGUCCACCAAAGUACUGCCGUUCUUGGCGCUCAAUGAGGUGUUCAUAGGAGAGAGCGUGACGUCGCGAGUGUCGCUCCUCCGACUUCAAAUCGACAACGGCAAGUGGACGCACACCAAGAGCUCAGGCCUCUGUGUUACCACCGGCACUGGAAGCACUUCGUGGCAUUUCAGUAUAAACUGCCUCCGCACCCAUUCCGUUCUGGAGCUGAUGAAGAUCCUCUCAGAAGAUUACCAGGUCAAGCUGGACACAAGUCUCGAGAGAGCGCGAGAAGUCACCGAGAGAUACAACCAGAAACUGAUGUUCGCGCCAGAUUCAGAGCAGUUAGCCUAUAGCGUGCGAGAGUACAUAACAUUUGAAGACUGGCCCGCGCCUAGGGGUCUGCGGGUGAGGGACAAAGCGACCUCUGUCAAGGUCAAGUCGCACUGCACUGACGCUGGGCUAGUGGUAGACGGUAGUGUGUCGUUUCCCUUCAACGACGGUACUGAAGCGAUGCUGGAGAUACUGCCAGAAGAUUCCCUGAUGACAGUGCAAAUGGACGACGCUCUGCCCUACUAGGUAGAGACAAGUGAUUCAAACUUGAGACUAUACUAUAUUCUAACGUACUCUAAAGAUAGUUUCAUCCACGAAGACGCGCCCCACCAUUCUUCCGCUAAUGUUUGAGUGUUAUCGGUACACGCUAAAUUAUCCAUGAGUGCACACGCACACUACAAUAAUGACGCUCGGAUCAAACUACCCGCACCCCGCGCGACCGAGACAAAAAUUGGUGGGGCGCGUCUUCGUGGAUGAAACGAUCUACAGGGUGUUAGGUAAAUGGGUAUAUGAGCCGACACUAGCCCAUGUUAACAUGGGCAUAUAAAUGGUAUGGUGAAGUCAGAAACUUGAUAUCAUCAUUUAAUUUUUUUUAAUUUUCAUCCAUAAUAAAUUUUAUACGUAUGAAAAUUAAAAUAAUUAAAAUGAAGAUAUCAAUUUUCUGACUUCAUCAUACCAUUUAUAUGACCAUGUUAACAUGGGCUAGUGUCGGCUCAUAUACCCAUUUACCUAACACCCUGUAUACAUUUGUAUAUUUCCAUUAAGGUGGAUUUAUAUUUGUUUGGCGUUUUGUGUCAUGACGUAUCAGAAAGAAAUCGGCGUCAUACAUUUAGGCAGCGUCAAAUAGUUCGUGACACCCAAAGUAGCCAAAAAGUUCGCAACACGUCUUGUUACGAUGAGGGCUAUCGUUUUUAUACUUAACAGUUGGCACCCCUGGCGAUUGACAGGACCUUACUCUACAGUGGCGCCAUCUUGAUGAGUGCAAAUGCGAUAGUCCUCCUACCACUUUAGCGCUCACAAGUUGGCGCCACUGUCUUCGCUACUAGCAAGUGACAGGACCUUACUCUACAGUGGCGCCAACUGGUGAGCGCUAAAACGAUAGCCCUCAUUGGAAUAAGGUUGUGUUGUCUACUUUUUGGCCACUUUGGGUGUCACGAACUGUUUGACGCUGAGUGUACGAGUAUUUGAAAAUAAUUAUCUUUAUUAAAAUUGGGAAUAGCUGUGAUUUUUGUGGCGCUUCAGGUGGCUUAGAAAAUAAAAUAAUGUUAAUAUGAAAUUAUUAAUAAUACCUACAUAUUAUUAUUAAAGAAACACAGCCCAAAAAUGUGCAAGUAACAAAUGUUAUAGAGGUAAAAAUACUGUGUUACGUUUCCUGUAAAAAUAUUGUAGGAAUGUUACAAAAAUGUAAAUAUUAUGUUAUACACCACUAUUUUUUAAUCAACGAAUGAAGGAUCUAAAAAGGGCAAAUCGUAAAAAAAAUUUCCUUCGCAUACAAAAUUGGCAAUCAAAGUAUGGGAAAGCUCUUUUUGUUUGUAUUUUCUUUCACUAUCCUAUAAUAAUGUACGCGUGCUACGAACAAUUUUGUAUUUGAUAGUGAAAUAUUGGAAAAAUCAUCAAUUAUUACAACGCUAUCUAGUUAACUGCGCAUCUGGCGGCCGUGACGUCACAUCGCCGCUUUGGUAGGGACAGGGCGAAAGCGGAAGGUUUGCGUUGGAGGGUGAGUGCGAGGGAGAGUCGCAUUCCAGCGAGGUACGCAGUUAGCUCAAUCGGGUUAUAUAGACGAAGAGCUAGUGAACGCCAGACCUAAGUCAUUUUACGUCGUUAAUGCUGUGGAUAACCUUUUUGGCCUAAUUAGUUUAAGAUAAAUAUUUGAUUUAAGUCUAUUAUAUGUGUCGGCUGUUGUUAUUCCAAAUCAAUAAAAUAAAUAAAUAAAAGCUGAAAGUUUGUCAGCGUAUGCUCCCAAUAUAGGAUAUAAUGUUUGUUGGUGAAUUAUGAAGUUUGGGUCAUCGUAACUUUGGGAGCUACCCUAAAAAAACUGUCUGGCACGGAGUUGGAACUGUCAAAACUGUCUGGCUGUUGGGGAAAAUACUUCUAAUUAUUGCCCAAAUAUUAUACAUAAAAAUUAGAUUUUAUGGUAUAACGUUAGUAAAAUUACAGUCUAUUGAAUAUACAGAAAAAGCCACCUUUUGUAAAAUGACGUAGGUCUGGCGUUCACUAGCUCUUAGUCUAAUGCAGUCUUCCCCUGACAUUUCUAUAAUGAAAAAAAAAAAAAUAGUGGCGUAUGUUUAGUGUAAGACUGAACUUAUUUUUAAGUGUAGAUAUUAUAAUCGAAAAGACCUACAUGAGAUGAGCUUAUUUAUUAAUGUAAGUUUUUUUUAUCCAAUUCAUUUAGGGCCCAUAUUAACAGGUAAUUAUCUGUCAGAUAAACUACAAAUUGGUUUCAUAGGUCUCUGAUAGAGAGCUGUCAGGUAAAGUCACCAAUAAUCGUCAACCUUGUUAGACAGAACUUGAAAUCGAGUUUUAAGCUUUUAUUCUAAAUACGAGAUAAUUAUAGUUAAAUUUUAUAAUUUGGCACAUAUUUAUGCUUAAAGUUAAGUGUAAAGUUAAAUAAUUUUAAGAAUACAUUUAUAAUUGUAAUGAUAUGGAUCUCUUGUUCGCCAUUAAGCUGAGCCGUGUAAUUGGUUGGGAUUAUUAAUAAUAAUUUAAUGUAUAAUAAUUUGGAGUAACGGAAAAUAAAUAGUUAAUAGUAAUAAUUAUUAAGUUUUUUUUUAUGAAAGUAUCCUAGAGUUCUGAACAGUGGCAGUUAAAUAUCUUUGUGUAUUUAUUUUUAUCAGCAGAUAAAUAUUGAACUAGAAAUCCGAUGGUUUUAUAAUGUGUACGCAAUCAUAAGACUAUAUGUCAAUUAUUUUGUACCAGUAUCAAUGUUUUCUUUAACGCAUGAAAAAACGUCUCUUCUUCUUUUUUUAUUUUGGCAACGACUUGGGUUUUGAGAACCAUGAUUUCGCCAAUGUCUUAGAGCUGUCAUAUUAAAAUUAGUCACUUGUGGCACUGUGUUAACGUCAAAACGACGAAAAACAGUGAAAUAUGUAUAACCAUACCAUAAAACUAAAAACAAUUUUUGUAAACGCUUGAAUAAAUGAGAGAUGACACUUUCAUGUAGUUUGAAUAGAGCGAUGGACGCAUUCAGCGCAGCUUCAGUCAUUAGAAUUAAGACGUGAACAUAGGGAUCAAGUAUUAUUGUUUAAAAUUUUAAAUGACUACAUAGAUUCAUCCUUCCUUCUCAGCCGAGUGUCAUUCAGGUGUCCCAGGCUCAGUGCCCGCUCCAAUGCAGUUUUCUCUAUUCCUAUUUGUAGAACUAAUUAUUCAAAGAAUAGAUUUCUUGUUCGUGCUUGCAACACACAUAAUGUUCGAUACAGUCACAUUGAUAUAUUCAAUUGUUCUCUGCGUGUUUUUACUUCACAUGUUAAGAAGGUUGACCACGUUUAAGUGGGAUUGUUUCUGAUGAACGAAAUUACCUAGUUAAAUUACUACGAAACUUUUUAUAAUAUGUCUUCGCUAUUGACAAAUUAACAUUGGAAACUUUUUUGGCUUAUGAAUAAACUAAACUUUUCCUGUACCUAUAAUGUAAUAUAAAAGCUGUAUGUUUCUUUCAUUAAAUAAAUAAAUAAAUAAAUGUGAGACAUGACCCUACAGCAGGGUGACUUAUCAUUGCUCACUUUUAUUACAAAAUAAGUUACUUAUCUUAAUCUCACGCCAUAAUAUCUCCAAUUACUCACUAUAUCUAAGCGACUUAUCUUUCACUAUACUUGAAUUGCCAUUCUUAUGAUGAUGAUGAUGUAGAAUUUUUCAUGUAGGUAUAUGUUUGUCUUAAAUGAUUUCAAGACUAAAGGAAAAUUUCGUGGCUGGUAUAAAAUAAUUGACACCAUUGAAAAUUAAAAUAGCACGAUAUGUAAAAUAUGUAUACUGUUACCCUACUUAUUGUUAACGUUACAUCACAAAAUUGGAUUGGUUAAUAAAUAUACACUUAUUAUGAA